AUGUCCUAUUAUCAUUGCAGCUUGCAGGGCGUUACCAUAGUAGCCGCCUUGGGUGUUGGCAUCGGCCCCUUGGCCAAGGAGCUCCUUGACGAUCUCAUGAUGCCCCUCAAAAGAAGCUGCCUGCAGUGCAUUGCCAUAGUGGCCUCCUUGUGCAUUGACAACCGCCCCCGCUUCAAGGAGCAACUGAACGAUAUCUUGCUGUCCUCCUACUGCAGCAGCUUGCAGGGCGUUACCAUAGUAACCGCCUUGGGUGUUGGCAUCGGCCCCUUUGCGGAGGAGCAUCUUGACGAUUUCACAAUACCUCUCAAAGAAAGCUGCGUCCAACACGUUACCAUAGUAGCGCUUCUGUGCGUCAAAAUUCGCCCCGACUUCAAGGAGGUACUGCUUAACCGAUCGGUGUACCCUUUCGAGGGCUGA